CCACGUUCCCGGGAAGAAGGGUUCUCUGAGCAGGACCAAGGCAGGCUCAGUGUUUCAAGAGGGACCACCUGGAGUGGAUGCGAGCAGCCGGCAGAGGAAGAGGGGACCAUGGCGGCCUUCUUGCUGCUGCUGCCCCUACUCUUGCUCCUGCCUCUCCUGCUGAGGCUGGACCUCUGGCCUCAGCUGCGCUGGCUGCCCGCCGACCUGGCCUUUACAGUUCGCGCCCUUCGCUGCAAAAGGGCCCUCCGUGCUCGUGCGCUGGCUGCCGCGGCCGCCGACCCGGAGAGCCCCGAGGGCGGAUGCAGCAUAGCCUGGCGUCUUGCGCACCUGGCCCGGGAGCGGCCGACACACACCUUCCUCAUCCACGGCGGGCAGCGCUUCAGCUACGAGGAGGCGGAGCGCACGAGUAACCGGGUGGCUCGAGCUUUCCUGCGAGCACGGGGCUGGGCUGGGGGCCGGCGAGGCUCAGGCAAGGGCAGCACUGAGGAAGGCGCACGCGCGGCGCCUGUGGCUGGAGACAAGGCGGCUGGCGGGACGGCCGCGCCCCCUCUGGCACCGGGGGCGACUGUGGCGCUGCUCCUCCCAGCGGGCCCGGAAUUCCUAUGGCUUUGGUUCGGACUGGCCAAAGCUGGCCUGUGCACGGCCUUCGUGCCCACCGCUUUACGCCGAGGACCCCUGCUGCACUGCCUCCGGAGCUGCGGUGCGAGCGCGCUGGUGCUGGCGACAGAGUUCCUGGAGUCCCUGGAGCCCGACCUGCCAGCCUUGAGAGCCAUGGGGCUCCACCUGUGGGCCACGGGGGGCCCUGAAACUCACCUUGCUGGAAUCAGCAGUUUGCUGUCUGAGGCAGCAGCUCAAGUGGAUGAGCCAGUGCCGGGGUACCUCUCUGCCCCCCAGAACAUAAUGGACACCUGCCUGUACAUCUUCACCUCUGGCACAACUGGCCUGCCCAAGGCUGCUCGUAUCAGUCACCUGAAGGUCCUGCAGUGCCAGGGGUUCUACCAGCUGUGUGGAGUCCACCAGGAUGACGUGAUCUACCUCGCACUCCCACUGUACCACAUGUCUGGCUCCCUGCUAGGCAUUGUGGGCUGCUUGGGCAUAGGGGCCACGGUGGUGCUGAAACCCAGGUUCUCGGCUAGCCAGUUCUGGGAGGAUUGCCAAAAGUGCAGGGUGACCGUGUUCCAGUACAUUGGGGAGCUGUGCCGAUACCUCGUCAACCAGCCCCCGAGCAAGGCAGAGCGUGGCCAUAAUGUCCGGUUGGCCGUGGGCAGUGGGCUGCGCCCCGAUACCUGGGAGCGGUUCGUGCGGCGCUUUGGGCCUCUGCAGAUACUGGAGACGUAUGGGAUGACCGAGGGCAACGUGGCUACUUUCAACUACACAGGACAGCAGGGUGCGAUCGGGCGUGCUUCCUGGCUUUACAAGCACAUCUUCCCCUUCUCCUUGAUUCGCUAUGAUGCCAUGACAGGAGAGCCUGUUCGGGAUGCCCGCGGGCACUGUGUGGCCACAUCUCCAGGCGAGCCAGGGCUACUCGUGGCCCCAGUGAGCCAACAGUCCCCUUUCCUGGGCUACGCUGGGGCUCCAGAGCAGGCCCGGGGAAAGCUGCUGAAAGAUGUCUUCAGGCCAGGGGACGUUUUCUUCAAUACUGGGGACCUCUUGGUCUGUGAUGAGCAAGGCUUUCUUCACUUCCAUGAUCGUACAGGAGACACCUUCAGGUGGAAGGGGGAGAAUGUGGCCACAACGGAAGUGGCUGAGGUCCUUGAGGCCCUGGACUUCCUUCAGGAGGUGAACAUCUAUGGAGUCACGGUGCCAGGGCACGAAGGAAGAGCCGGCAUGGCGGCCUUGGUCCUGCGGCCCCCUCAGGCUCUGGACCUCGUGCAGCUCUACGCCCAUGUCUCUGAGAACUUGCCACCUUAUGCCUGGCCUCGAUUCCUCAGGCUUCAGGAGUCUUUGGCUAUGACAGAGACCUUCAAACAGCACAAGGUUAGGAUGGCAAAUGAGGGCUUUGACCCCAGUGUGCUGUCUGACCCCCUCUAUGUUCUGGACCAGGCUGCGGGUGCCUACCUGCCCCUCACACCUGCCCGGUACAGUGCCCUCCUGUCUGGAGACCUUCGAAUCUAAAAACCUUCCACUUGAGGGAAGGGCUUGAGUUACAGGCCACCA